AUGGCUGAAGGACGUGUACGCAUUAGCUGGGGUUCAACUCGAGUAAAACUACUGGAGUCCAGGCCUAUGCACUGUUACAGAUGCCUCGAGAAGGGGUACGUCGGCAGUAAUUACCCUAACAAGGCAGACAGGAGCACCCGCUGCUAUGCCUGUGGCGAACCCGGUCAUAGAGCAAACCAGUGCAACGCGUCGGUCCUUAAAUGUCCAGUCUGUUCCGACCUUGGGCGUCCAUCCAACCAUAGGUUGGGAAAAAAGUGCGCUCAACCUGCGAAAAAGAGAGUAAGGUCUCCCUUACUUUACUCUCGUAAAUACCCUCCAACUCCCUCCAGCGAUACGGGCACUGCAGUACCUGUUGCUGCACCGAGCUCCGACUCGGCAAUGGAGUUUGAUGAGAAUUAA